UCUCUGGCAGUGUGUUCUUCUUUUUCAAAGCAAGCCCAGCAUAUCUUCUCAAAAACUUCCAUUCCUGGAGAAGUGAAUCUUGGGUCUUAAAAUAUUUGAGGAUGGAGCAAUCCUACAGAUCGACAAUCACUAUUUAUAAGAGCAUCUUGGAACAGUUUAAUCCAGCUUUGGAGAAGCUGAUAUAUCUGGGCAACAAGUAUCUGCAGGCUUUUUAUGCAUUAUCUGAGGCAGCAGAUGUAUAUUUUACAGCACUUCAGAAGAUUGGAGAACAAGCUCUUCAGAGUUCUACUUCACAGAUUCUGGGUGAAAUUUUGAUACAGAUGUCGGAAUCCCAAAUACAUCUGAACCGCAACUUGGAAAUAGUUGCAGAGACCUUCCAUGUAGAUUUGUUGCAGCACAUGGAAAAAAACACCAAGCUGGAUGUACAGUUCAUUAAUGAUAGUUGGCAACAAUAUGAGAAGGAAUACAGGCAUAGAGUCGCCAGUAUAGAUAAAUCCAUGAUGGACCUGCGGAGAAUGGAGAGUCGUCGAGAUAAGAAUGUCUGGGAGCUGAAGGAGAACAUGGUUCACUUGCGUAGUGAGCUGCAAGUUUUUGUCAGUGAAAGCCAACAGGCUGCUGAGCUGGAGGAGAAACGCCGCUAUCGCUUCCUGGCUGAGAAGCACCAGUUACUGUCCAAUACUCUUCUCCAGUUCUACACCAAAGCUCGGACCCUCAUCCUGAACAAGGCACCACUGUGGAAAGAGGAACUGGAGGCCUCUCACAAUCCUGUGCAGAAUGUGCUCAACUCUCCACCUAGCCAGAGACAACCCACUGGCCACCUCACUCCUACUCACCUUGAAAAUCUCCCAAGGCUUCCAACCGAUUUUGGUCCAAUUAUGGCAAGACAGAGCUUCUCCCAAGAGCCUCUGCAGAUGACGCCAUCCGCUCAGCCAGAAACAAAAAGGAAAACAACGCCAAGAACUCCUUCACUUGGCUCUGCUUCUGGUCUUUCUCGCUCCACCUCCUUCGGAGAACAAGCAGCAUGGAGGGCAGAGGCUGACAAUAAAGAGGGCAACAGCAGCCAUCCACUCAAAAUGCAAGCAAUUGUGCCUUAUGUCACGGGUUCAAACCAGACUCUUUUGCCACUUAGCGUUGGAGAUGUGGUUACUCUCCUCCUACCAGAAGCUCAAAAUGGCUGGCUGUAUGGCAAAUUGGAAGACACAUCAAUGAGUGGCUGGUUUCCUGAAGCUUAUGUAAAGCCUUUGGAGGAGUCAACCCCUAGAGGUUUCCCUCUGAGGAGCAGUCGUAGUGUGGACAAUCUUCUAGAUCAGUCUACUGCUUCAGCGCCAGAUAAUUAUUGGCAGAAAUCCAGUAGGCCUCAGUCUUCACUUUCUUCUCCAUCUUCAGUGGGAGAAGGCACUCUUUCAAACAGCAUAUCUAAUGCUGCAACUCCCAGCAUGGGCUCCAAGAAGCCAGCAACACAGGAUCAUCCUCCAGAGCUCUUUCCCAGAGGUACCAACCCAUUUGCCACUGUCAAGCUGCGUCCAACUGUAACCAAUGAUCGAUCAGCACCAAUCGUCAGACGAAAAUAAUUUCAUCAUAAUAGUUAUGCACCCGUGUCAUUGUACA